AUGUCAAUGAUAAUUGCUCAAACUCCUAAAACUUAUUUCGGUUCCGACAUUCAAAAAUCAUUAGGUUCUCUUCCCGGAUUUCCAUGGGCAAAAUACUCCGGAGAAAAACAUCUUCCGGGUCACAAUUACACUGGUCCAGGUACAAGGUUAGAUCUGCGAUUAGACCAAUACGAUAAACCCAAACAAGGUGAAGAACCAGGAAAUCUUGCAAAUGAUGCUGAUUUAGCUAGAGUGAGAGUUGUUGCUCGAAACACAAUAGAAAGAGUAGCACGAGCAGCUAAUCAUGGAUUCGAGAAACGAGUAGUUCAGUACAAUAAUGUUGUUGAGAAUAAUAGGUGGGGUAAUUACGUAAAUUGGAAAUUAUAUCCUUUAUUCGGUCUGUUGGAACACAGAAAGGUUUCCAUAGGGUUACCAUAUAAAAUUCAUCUACAAAGAGAAAUCAAUGAUGAUAAGAUAUUCUUUGGAGAGAAUGCUUCAGAUGCAAAAUUAGAAAUAACGAAUCUCCAACUUUACAUACCCGUAAAAACACCAUCAAUUGAAGUAGAAACGAGAAUAUUCAACUCAUUAACUAAAGAUAUUGACACUAUUAAACCAGCAAGAUAUUUAAUGGUUGGUUUCAAGAACGAAUAA